AUGGAUUUCCAAGCAGAUCGAAAUGGCGGUGAAGGCCUCCAGGAGUUCUCGGUCAAAGAUGUAGCCAAACACAACACUAAAGACGAUGUAUGGAUCACCAUUCACGGAAAAGUCUACGAUAUCACAAACUAUCUCGUCGAACACCCUGGAGGUAUCCAGUCCCUCAUAGAAGUCGCCGGCCAAGAUGCGACGGAAGCAUAUGAGGAUGUGGGCCAUUCCGAGGACGCGAAAGAAAUCAUGGCUCCUUUCCUGCGCGGGACAACCAAAGGUGCCUCUAAAGUUGCCCAGAAGCCACAGAGGGCUGCGGCGCCUCAAAAGCAACCCACAGCGCAAAAGAAAGAGGGCGGUUCUAGUUCUCUCUUGAAACUGAAAUACCUCCCCGUGGCCGGCGGCCCUCUGGCGCUGGGAUUGGUCGCCACUCGAAAUCUGCCGCAAUGGAGUCUACGGAGCCUCAAUCUGGGAGUGGUGAAGGCUAUCAAGCUCAACAGACCAGACCUCUUGGGCCUUGGCGAUGGCGGGUUUGUGCAAGGAUUUGUGGUCGCUUUGACGCUGUCUCUCGCCGUAUUCGCAGGCGUUGCCGUCAAAGUCUCACAUGCAGCCAGCAUUGAAUCUGGGUUUCUGGGCUACCCAACGCAUAUCAAGGCCGUCGCGACACCUGCGCACCACCCCAAGGGAUUCCUGAGCCCUAAUACGUACCAAAGCCUCCCUUUGGUCCAGAAGGAAAUUCUGAGCGGCCUGAAUCUAGUGAGGUUGACAUUCGAACUCCCCUCGCCAAACAUGGUGUUGGGGUUGCCUAUUGGCAAGCACGUCGCCAUCAAAGCGAAAGUGGGAGACCAAGUUGUAACACGCUCAUACACGCCGACUUCCAAUGACCGUGAUCCUGGAGUGUUGGUGCUGGUCAUCAGGAUCUACGACGACGGCCUUCUUACGGGUGGCUAUCUUUCAACGCUCAAUGUGGGCGACGAAGUCGACUUCAGAGGACCAAAGGGUGCGAUGAAAUAUCGCAAAGGCUAUGCCAAGAAGAUCGGCAUGGUGGCUGGUGGUACUGGAAUCACUCCGAUGUAUCAGUUGAUCCGGGCCAUCUGUGAAGAUGACACAGACACAACCGAAGUCAGCCUUGUCUACGCAAAUCGCACCGAGGACGACAUUCUUCUCCGAAGUGACCUGGACCGAUGGGCAAGGGCCUAUCCGAAGAACCUCAAGGUCUGGUAUCUCCUGGACAACGCCCCUGUAGGUUGGAAGUUCGGUACCGGAUAUGUCACAAAAGAUAUACUCACGAACCGGAUGCCUGUGCCGUCAAACGACUCGUCGUCAAAGGUCUUGCUAUGUGGACCUCCAGGUCUCAUCAACGCGGCAAAGAAGAAUCUCGUGGAACUGGGUUGGAAGAAGCCGAGUGCUGUUAGUAAAAUGUCCGACGACAUUUUCUGUUUCUGA